CAAAUGGGUGGGGAGAACAAGGUCUACACUUUGGCCGAAGUAUCUGAGCACAACAACUCCAAAGACUGUUGGCUUAUCAUUGAUGGCAAGGUUUAUAAUGUCACAAAGUUCUUAGAUGACCAUCCUGGUGGAGAUGAUGUCUUGUUAUCUUCCACAGGGAAAGAUGCAACUAUUGAUUUUGAGGAUGUUGGUCAUAGUAACAAUGCUAAGGCCAUGUUAGAUGGUUUCUAUGUUGGAGACGUUGAUAUGUCAACCAUCCCUGCUCAGGGUCAACACAAUCCACCAACACAACCUCAAAUGAAUAAUGUGGAAAAGACACCAAAUAAUUUCAUGAUCAAGAUGCUCCAGUUUCUAGUUCCCCUCUUUAUCUUGGGUUUGGCGAUUGGUUUUCGUUCCUACACCAAAUCAACAUAG